UGGAUGUAGAUUCUAGAUUUGUACGCAGCCACUCCCCUUGACCUGUAAAGUGUUAUCUCAACAACGAGCGACAACUCUCGAAAUUCAUGUAAUGUGUGUUCCUGUGUUCCUGGCUAGCUGUGUCAAAAGACCAAUCCAAGGGGGUAAAAUUUGUUUACAUUCUUCUGUUCCCCCUGAAAAAAGCUAAUUGUGGACUCUAGCGAAUGUGUUAAUGUUGCCAGAUGUGUUGUGUUAGUUUACGCUGCAGAAGGAAGAUGGCAUGUUCAGGAAGCAAGCCCAGUAAACAAGUAAAAGCCAGACUGGAUUCCUUCGUGCUAGCAUUAACGAAAAAAGGCAUCAAGCUUCUAGCUAUGGACUUUGACAAAACCCUAAUCGACAUUCAUUCUGGGGGAACGUGGACAGAGAGUGUUGACAAGCUUGUCCCUCACGUUCGACCGUGCAUGAGAGAUUUGUUGGAAGGAGCAGUCAAUAAGGGAAUAUUUGUAGCUAUUGUAACAUACCAUCGACAAGGAUGGCUCAUCAAAGAUUUGCUUCACAAAGUUUUGCCAAAGAAAGUCGCUAAUAAAAUCUAUGUUCAAGGAAACACAUCAGAUUUCAUGCAACGUCAGAGGUCGCUAACUUCAGGUUCAUCAGAUUCUAUUGCAGGAAGGUACCUUAUGCCAGAGUUAAAUGGCAAAGAGGCUCACAUAACAGCUGUCUUAGAAGAGAUCCAAAAGGAACACCAUGUCUCUUUGAAAAAGGAUGAAAUUCUUUUAAUGGAUGAUGACAUGACUAAUGUCCGCAUUGCCUGCAACAAUGGGCACUAUGCCAUGCUUGUCCAGCCAUAUGUUGACUAUCCCACGUUUUCAUCCUUUGAAACUAUGCUUGUACUUUGAAUGCAUCCAGCGAAUCAUCUUUAUUUCCAGUGCAUGGAAAGGAUAUUCUUGAGUCAGACAAAUAAAAGACAAUGGAUAGUUGUUGAACUUGGUUCUGAACAUCUCGUAGUCUGAAAUAUUUGUGUAAUUUAACACAAGCUUAUUUUAACUCUUAUCCUAUAAUUAUUAGUAUUACUAAGCCAGAAGGGCCCUAUAAAUUGUCCAAGCUGUAUGUAAUAUACAGGGUUAACGAAAAAAUCCCAGUACACAAAAGUAUAUGAUGCAUUGCAUUGUUUAUUACUGUAAGAAAACUGGUAUCUGACAAUUAUUAUUUUUUUUUUUUCCAAUCUGUUUAGUUGACCCUGUGUUGGAAACAUAAGGCAAUUUAAACUUGAUAUAUUAUACCAGUAAUCAAAGUGUUUGAAACAAUUGGAAAGCAUUAGACUUCAAUUUUAAAACUGUUUUUUUUUUCAGAAGCAAAGGAAUAAUUAAUUCAGGAAUUUCAUGCUUUCUGAGAUUUUAAUUGGCUUUUUAAAACAUCAGUACUCAAAUUUAAAAUUUACCUCUUUCUUCUCCUGCUUUAGUAUUUGAUCCAUCUUUUAAUCACUGAAGAUCAGGCAGACAACAUCAUUGUUCAAGUAAACACCAAUGCUUUAAAAGGGCAUGAAAUAAAGUUAUAUCUUAAUUCUGUGUCUAUUUUCUGCUGAUUUCUUGAUGAAAUUAAAAAGCAACAACAACAAAAAAAAAGACUUAAAUUUAUUUUUCUGUUUUGAAUAUUAAGGUGCUAAUGUCAACAACUGUCAAGUUUUUAUUUAUUUUGUAAUUGUUUUUUAGCAGCCUCCAUAGAGAAAAGCUGCUUCUGUGUUUGUGCUUUUUGUCAUAGUUAAAUCUCAAGCACCAAAGGUUUAUUGAAAAUCAGAUUUUACCACUCUUUUCCUUGUGCUUAUAAUCUAUUUAAUGGCUAUGUUUGGUCUUCCAAGAGCAUGCUUGUGUAUUAUUCACAUAUGUGUAAAUCGUUUAAAAAAACAAGGUGAAAAAUAUAGUCUCUGCUUUAAAAAGAAAUGUCCUAUAAAAAUCAAUACUCCAGUCUUCAACAUACACUACAUCGGUACAGCAGCUACUUAUUUGCCUUCUGAUUUUGAAAAUAAGUAACAUUUUUAUACAUAAAAGUAAAACCAUAUUAAAUCAAUAAAAAGCAACUAAUGAUCUUUUUUCAUUAAUGCUCUAAUUUUAAGAAAAUGUAUUACAUAAAUUUAUUGUGGCCUUUUGCUUUCUUUAUAUAUCCAUAUACUUUUGUUUUUCUUAAAAAAAAAUGAAAAAGGGACUUUGUAUUAUUGCAUAGCUGCGUGCAAUCUAUAUUAUUUUAGGUGCUCUUUACCAUUCAUUUAGUUCAGUUGAACAGUAUCCAUCCACACUGUUUGGUUUAGUUUCUUUAGUUAGAUACAAAUUCUUCUGAUAUUAUUCUACUUCAUUUAUUUUCUUAUUAUCUACUCAGUAAUACACAUUUUAUAGGUAUGUUGAUAUAACAGACGCACUUGCCAGGACGUUGCUUCAAAAAAGAAGAUAUAUAUAAUAUAAAAAAGUGUGACAAAGAACCUCGUUAUUUUUCUCCUACAGUCUGUUAAUGAUAAUGAUGGCCUUCUAUUGACAAUUUAUGGUCACUUGUGAAUUUGACUAGAUGUAAGUUUGUGUGUGUCACACCAGGAUGUUUUAGCAUUAUUUAAAUUCCAAUCGAGAUUUGUUGGUUUUUUUUUUGUUUUGUUUACAUUUAAUAGAGACCUAAAUCAACAUUUUUUUUUUAAAUUUUUAUAAAUAAUUUAAUGAAUCUCUUUUCUUAAACAAAAAAAAAAUAAAAAAGGUUUUAACCUCUAAAUGUUUGAUCAACCUUUUAUUUCACUUUUAUUUCCUUGUAGAUGUGUUUCUAUGAAAUCUGUUUACAAAAAAAAACAUAUUUUUCCUUGCUUUAAAACCAAGGAUUUUAGGUAGAGGCUCUUGUUUUUGUUUACAAUUUUAGGAUAUUCAUCCAUCUUAUAUGAAUGCCUAAACUAUUUUUAGUAGCGAUUAAGAGGUUGAUUGUCAUGCUUGCCACAUAGCAUUCUAACAAAAAAAUUAUUUGUGGACAACUGUGUAACUUCACUGGAACUGACAUUUUAAGUUAGAAAAAAAAACUUUACCCUCUUCUUUUUCCUCUUGGUCAGAUCUAGUCAGUAUUUAAAGAGUUUAUUUAAACAUUCAGGGAGACUUUUUUUACUAGCUUACUAAAGCAAAUAGAUUUAAGUGAAGUCAUAUAUAUAUAUAUAUAAAACAAAUGUAUAAUUUCACAUGGCCUAUGAAAGGGAACACUAGUUAUCAAAGCUAAUUUUUGGCUUUAAUAAUAAUAAUUAUUUUAAAACCAAAAGCUAAAUGAGGCAAGUUUUUCCUUUUUCACACUUUUAAUGAUAUAAGAAAUCUAAAAGGAUAGUUGUGAUGAUUUAUUGUGGAUAAUAUUUUUUUUGCAGGAUUUAAAACACAGAAGUAUAGCUGUGCACAUAUUGCACAUUGAUUUAUUAUUUGACUCAAUUUAAUAUUAAGUAUUGAUCUACUUUUUCUAUUUUCGUCCACCAACUCAAAGACAGUAUAAAAUUGAUAUGAGAAAACUUUAUUUCACUGUUGUACAUAGGUUCCACUUCAAAUGUAAAUACAUUUACUUCUCUUAAAAAAAAAAAAAGUGGCUAGCUUAAUUAUUGUGAUUCAGUCAUAUGGCGAUAAUUUUUGUUAGCUGUAUAAAUUUAUUUUUGAUUUUAUGAGUUGUGAGUUGUUUUUUGUUUUUUAAAUCAUGUUUUAUCAGUAACGCCAUUUUGUUACUAUUUUUUUUUUUGUGAAGAGCCACAUUAACAGUUUGGGUUUCUAGCAGUGUUACAAUAAUAAUGACUUGCAAAUGUAUUUUUCAUUAAUUUGUUUUCUAAACUGUGAUUGUGAAUCUUAACUAUUUUUGAAUUUUGUUACACUUUCAUAAACCCCUGUCCAUUUUAUACAAGGGUUGUUAUCUAGAUUGAUUGGUACAAAAAUACUUGCUCUUUCAAACCAGACUAGUAAUGUAUUUUUUAACUUAAUUUUUAUCUUGCAAGCAUUAAAAAUGUAACGGGCCUGCAUUUGUAUUUUAUAUUUUUGCACCAACACCACCCUUAAGGUAUUGGGACUAGUAUAUUAUAUAGAAUUUAUUUCUAUGAAGCUUGCUUAGUAUUAAAUAAACAAGGUCUUUUAUUUCAUAGUGCUAUGGUGUUGAUGGAUUUGGGGGUUCUAUAGAAAAGUUAUUAUAACUGCUAAAGGAUUCAGUCAACAAGUAGCAUGUCUUGAUUGAAGCAGUACUUCUUGGAAUCAAAGAUGAUUAUCAAGUAUGGUUUAUUGUGGAGAGACCACAUUCUUUUCAUUCAUCGUAUCUCACUGAAACAAACAUGGCUACUUGAAUUUUUGAAGCCAUCAUGUGAUUCAGUGAAUGAAAUCAUUCCUGAUACAAGAAAGGGUUUUAAAAUUGUCACAAAAAGAUACCUUUAUAUUGGAUUUGCAAGUUUAGUAAAUAAAAAAUUGUCACAAUAAAAGAAAAUAAAUUAGUACAUAUGCUGACUUAGCCUGUUGUCUCAUGGCUCAGAAUGAUAUUUUUUAUCAAAAUGUUCUCAUUUGGGACAAGGUGGGGGAAAGUUGCUUUGACUGCUGAAAUGAAAAGAUCAGAUCAGAUUUCUGGGUAAAAUAAUUUGUACAUUCAGGAAAUCAGAAUGUGACCUUAAGUCAACUUUUGUUUAUUCUAGUAAAAAAAACAACUUUUUGAUGAUGGAUGGUGACCAACAUAACCUCAGCAUUUCUUUAAUUAGUAGUAAAUGCAAAUCAAAAAAAAAAAAAAAAAGAAAGACACUAUAUUACAUUGUACAUGUUUUGUUAAUGAAGUUUAUUAUUGAGAUAUAAACUUUUUUACCUUAAAAAAUCUGUCCUUUAUUUGCUUGUCUGUAUCUGUCAAAAAGUAAUAUUUUUUGUUUUAAUACUAUUUCUUUUGCUGUCUUGAUUAAAAUUAGCAUUUUAUCUGUAAUAAUUAAUUCGUGAUUUCUGGCAAACUCAGUUUUACAUCUCUAUGCAGCAAGAAAAUAUUUUUUUUGUCCACCAUAUUAUCUUAUGUUCUUAUCUUGUAUAAUACAGACGUUACUUCAAAAAAUGGUCCAAUUAAAAAUAUAGUUUUUGAAAAACUACACAAAAUGCAGUUUACAUGAAGAAAAUUUAAUUACAUUUUUGUUUUAAAUAGUGUUUUGCUUUUAGAACUGAAUUUUAAUGCUUCAUUGUUACUUAAUCAUUUUAGGGCAGUUAAGAUGCAUGCAUGUUAAUUUUUUUUUGUAUAUGGUGCUUAUCAUAGGCUAUUAGAUUAGUUCUAUUUUUCUUUAGUUAUUUUCAUCUUAUGCAGCUUUUUUUUCUUAACACAAUUAACCCACUUAAGUGUAUGUUGAACACCCACUCAAUAAACAAUUUUGUGAAUUGUUUAAAAAAUAAAAUCAAGAAUACUUUGGAUUUGUUUAAAACAUGGUUACAUUCAGCCAUUUUUUGUUUUAAACCUCAGUAGCAUUGGAAUAAAUAAUCUCUGUAUUUUACUUGUUCCUGUAGUUUGCUGUACAGUUAUGUGGUUGACUAUUUAAUAUACGGCAUCAAUCACACACACACACACAAAAUAUCAACAAAAAACUAUUGAUAGUGUGAAUCCUUAUUGACCGUGACAUUUAGUUGGUUGUGAAUAUGCUUUGUUGACGGGGAAGCGCAAAAAGGGCUGUCUUUCAAUGAAAACUUUUCUUUCAUUGUUUCUGUACCGGUAUCUGAAAAAGGUGUGAGCAACUAUGAAGUAACAGCAGCUGGAGAAAGCUCUGUUCAUAUGCAUAUAUUUCAUCUAUUUCUUAUUUCAAAAUAUUUUUUUUAAAGCAAAACAAAUCAUAGAUUUUUUUUUAUGACAGUUCAUGUUAUAAUUUUGGUUUAUAAAUUGUGUGUACUCAUCAUGAACACACACCCCCCCCCCUUUCCUUCCCACUCAAUUAUUUUUUUUAUCUAGUGUACAUAUAAAUUUUUUUUGUCAUGUUGAUUAUUCAGGAAUGGCACUAGGUAUACCCCAUUGCAUUUGUUUUACUUCAGUUAGUUACUGGAGCUAUGUAUUAUAAUGGACAUAAUCCUAAACCAUUGUGUUGCUUUUUCAGUUAUGUGACUGGAGAUGGAUUAUUUGCACACAAUCCUAAACAUUGAAAAUCAAAAUGUUGUUUUUUUUUCAUUUUCCUUUCUAUUAAAACUGUGGAGAUGACAAGCUUUGAUUUGUGCCAAUUGUAUAUAAUUUGAGAAUGUAUCUGUUUAGGUGGUCCAAUGAAGUGCCUGUGGACCUUGAAAUUACAAACUUAAUUUUUUUUUUGUGUUAAUAUUUCAGUCUCAUUAAAUUAAAUUGGAAGAAUAAUG